AUGACUUCAAGAGUGUUAGAUAUUCUUUCACUGUACGAUCGCAACCAGGAAGCAACAUUAUACAUAGGUAAUCUUGAUAUUCAAGCAGAUGAGGAGCUCCUGUGGGAAUUCUUUAUGCAAGCGGGAAGAGUGAGGAGUAUAAACAUCCCGAGGGACAAAGUAACAGGCCAGCACCAAGGCUUCGGAUUCGUGGAAUAUGAAACUGAAACGGACGCAGAUUACGCGUUGAGAAUUUUAAAUUUUAUUAAGUUGUACCAUAAGCCGCUAAGACUCAACAAAGCAUCGAAAGAUAAGGAAAACACAGAGAUUGGAGCCAAUUUGUUUAUCGGAAACAUAGACGACGAAGUCGAUGAAAAGCUACUUCAUGAUACUUUUUCGGCCUUUGGAACCGUAGUGUUUACAAAGAUUGUGAGGGACGAAGCGAAUUCUGGAAGGUCGUACGCAUUCGUGUCAUUUGACAAUUUCGAGUCCAGUGAUGCAGCAUUGGCGUCAAUGAAUGGCCAGUUCCUGUGCAACAAGCCGAUCCAUGUGUCGUACGCAUAUAAGAAGGACACGAAGGGGGAGAGACACGGAAGUGCCGCAGAAAGACUAAUAGCGGCCAACAGACCCAGCGACUUCAAGAGCGGGCCGCCAGUAUCAAACCCGCCUCCAAUGCCAAUGGCAAACACGUUCAUGCCGCCACCGAUGCAUCCACUGAUGGGUAAGCCUCUAUUAAUUUUAACUGACACUGAGGACGAUAAAUACCUUUUAGGUCCGCCUCCAAUGAUGCCGCCAAUGCCGCCACCAAACAUGAUGAACGCACAGAUGAACCCAGGGAUGUUUCCGCCACCAAACAUGAUGAACGCACCGAUGAACCCAGGGAUGUUGCCGCAACCUAACAUGGGCGCCUUGCCAGUGGGAAUGCCUCCACUCCCUGUGCCCAACGCAGUCCCAGUUAUACCUCAGAACAUGCCGCCGCCACCGAUGUUUAACAUGAAGUAA